AUGCCGUCGGAGAGCAGAGCAGAGCGUCCGGACGGGGCGGCCGCGCAGGCGGGGACGGCUGCAACCUCGGCAGUGGCCACCGCCGCCGCGACAGGCAGCGGCCCCGACCCAGAGGCCUCGUCGGCCUCCCUCGGACGACACCUUAGCGGGCUAACCUGGCCCCAGGUGAAGCGGCUGGACGCGCUCCUGAGCGAGCCCAUUCCCAUUCACGGGCGCGGCAACUUCCCCACGCUGAGCGUGCAGCCCCGGCAGAUCGUGAAGGUCGUCCGCAGCAGUCUGGAACAGCAGGGCCUGUGCGUGCACAGCGUGCGACUGCACGGCUCGGCCGCCAGCCACGUGUUGCACCCCGAGAACGGCCUGGGCUACAAGGACCUGGACCUGGUGUUCCGUGUAGACCUGCGCAGCGAGGAGUCCUUCCAGCUGAUCAAGGAGGUGGUGCUGGCCUGCCUGCUGGACUUCCUGCCGGCCGGCGUGAGGCGGGCCAAGAUCACCCCGCUGACGCUCAAGGAGGCCUACGUGCAGAAGCUGGUGAAGGUGUGCACCGACACGGACAGCUGGAGCCUCAUCUCCCUGUCCAACAAGAGCGGCAAGAACGUGGAGCUCAAGUUCGUGGACUCGGUCAGGCGCCAGUUCGAGUUCAGCGUGGACUCCUUCCAGAUCCUGCUGGACUCCCUGCUGCUCUUCAGCCAGUGCUCCUCGGCGCCCAUGUCCGAGGCCUUCCACCCGACCGUGAUCGGCGAGAGCCUGUACGGGGACUUUGCGGAGGCCCUGGAGCACCUGCGGCACCGGGUCAUCGCCACCCGCAGCCCCGAGGAGAUCCGCGGGGGUGGCCUCCUCAAGUACUGCCACCUCCUCGUGCGGGGCUUCCGGCCGCAGCCCCACACCGACGUCCGAGCCCUGCAACGCUACAUGUGCUCGCGCUUCUUCAUCGACUUCCCGGACCUGGCGGAGCAGCAGCGCACGCUAGAGCGCUACCUGGAGGCGCACUUCGGAGGGGACGACGCCGCCCGCCGCUAUGCCUGCCUGGUGAUGCUGCACCGCGUGGUCAACGAGAGCACCGUGUGCCUCAUGAACCACGAGCGCCGCCAGACACUCGACCUCAUCGCCACGCUGGCGCUCCAGGCCUUGGCCAAGCAGGGCCCGGCUGCCACCGCCGCCCUCGCCUGGCAUCCGCCUGGCCCCGACGGGCUGGUGCCUGCCACUGUCAAUUACUAUGUGACCCCCGUGCAGCCGCUGCUGGCCCGGGCCCACUCCUACCCGACGUGGCUCCCUUGUAACUGACUCAGACUCUGGCCAGAAAGAAUGGGGCCUCACCGGCUUGGGUGGGGUCUCCAGGAGGGUGUGGAGGACAUGACCAGAGACAGACAGCCAAUGGCAGGCAGCCCUGCACUGCUGCGGGGUAGGGUCUCCAAUUGAAGGAACAGACUUCUGGAGGGAGGCCCCUAUGGGUUCACAGUCCUGGGGGCGGGGGGCCCUUCGGUUAUUGCACCACACUCCACACUCAAGGACUGUAUGAUUACAGACGCUGGGCUACUGGCCUUAGGGGAGACACACUAAGUUUGGAACGGCAGCUGCCACAGCGUCUUGGGUUGUUUUCCAUGGCACAGAAAGGGUCCGUUUGGGCAAGGGCCAGCCCACAGUGCUCCCAGCAGCCUCCUCCAGGGCCUGCCGCCCCUACACAAAGCUAAAAUAUUCCGGUAUGGUAUGGGGGACUGCUUGCUUUGGGUCAAGCUGGGCCACUCCCAGGGCCUGUCCAAUCACGGGGAGGAGGGGAACAGGCAGAUAGCUGAAUUUGGGGAGAGAGGGGUAUAGUCCAGUGCUCUCUCACACACACCCGUCCCUCCCUCCCCAUCCCGAACUGCAGCCCCUUCCUCUUGAGAGGUCUAGGUCUGGGGUAGGACCCGCCCAUGCCUCUUUCUGGAGGCUGUUCCCUGUCCCCAUGUUGUGUGGAGUCCUCCUGCCAGGCAGCUUGUUCCCUGCAGAGUGUUGGGUCCAAUGUGGCCACCGUUGAGUGCACCCCCUACAUUGGCCAGGUCACAGGGCCCUCAUUUGGGGGCUGGGAGCCAUGCCCAACCUCCUUUUCCAUCCCUCUGGAUUUGUUACUAUUUUGCAUUCUUUUAGCACUUGCCAAUAAAGUUCAUCUACACUGA